CUGGGUCACUCGUCUUUUCAGUUUGCUGCAGUUAGUGACUGGAACGAGCUGCAACAAACACUCAAACUGGACAGUUUUAUCUUAAUCUCUUCAUUCGAAGACUCAGUCAUGGAUACUUUUACUGACAGUUGUGGCUGCUUGCGUGAUGUGUUGUUGUCUCUACAUUCUUGCUCUUUGUGCUGUUGUCUGUGCAGAGGCCACGGACCUGAUCAGUUGUUCGAUCUGUCUGGAUCUACUGAAGGAUCCAGUCGCUAUUCCCUGUGGACACAACUACUGUAUGGACUGUAUUAAAGGCUGCUGGGAUCAGGACGAUCUAAAAGGUGUGUACAGCUGUCCCCAGUGCAGGCAGACCUUUACCCCAAGACCUGUUCUGAACAGAAACCCUCUACUAACUGAGCUUGUGGAGAAUCUGAAGAAGACAGGAAUCCAAGCUGCUCCUCCAGCUCUCUGUUUUGGUGGACCUGGAGAUGUUGAGUGUGACGUCUGUACUCUGAAAAAAUUAAAAGCCGUAAAGUCCUGUCUGGUGUGUUUAGCAUCUUACUGUGAAACUCACCUCCAGCAUCACUAUGAAUCUUCUGCAUUUAAAACACACAAGCUGGUCAAAGCCUCCACACAACUACAGGAGAAGAUCUGCUCUCAUCAUGACAAGAUGCUGGAGGUUUACUGCCGUACGGAUCAGCAGUGUAUCUGUUAUCAGUGUGCGAUAGAGAAACACAAAGGCCAUGAUACCGUUUCCCCAGCAGUAGAAAGGAUUGAGAGGCUGAAACAAUUAAGUGAGAACCAGGCCAGGCAGAGAAUUCAGGAGAGAGAGGUGAAGAUACAGGAGGUGAGACAGGCUGUGAAGUCACUCAAGUGCUCUGCACAGACAGCAGUUGAGGAAAGUGAGAGGAUCUUUACUGAGCUGGUCCACUCUAUUGACAAAACGCGCUCUGAGAUGAAGGAGCUGAUCAGAGCCCAGGAGAAGGCUGAAGUGAGUCGGGCUGAAGGACUCCUGAAGCAACUGGAGCAGGAUGUCGCUGAGCUGAAGAGGAGAGGCGCUGAGUUGGAGCAACUCUCACACACAGAGGAUCACAUCCAUUUCCUCCAGAGUUUCCAGUCUGUCUGUGUCCCUCCUGGAUCUGAGGACUUACCCAGCAUCACUGUCAACCAAAUCUCAUUUGAGGAUUUAAAGAAAUCAAUAUCUGCACUUAAACAGCGACUGGAGGUUAUAUUCAAGGAGGAAAUGGCCAAGAUACCUGGGAAAGUGCUGAUGCCAGCGACCAUAAGUACAGAGGAAUAUGGUGUCCAGUUUGUGGAUGAGCAAAGGUCUGAGCUCAUUCAGAGGGUAACCAUGGUGAUGCCUAUAGCAGAUGAACUGCUUCAGAGAUGCAUGCUUCAUAAAGAAAUGUAUAAUACUAUCCGUGAUGCCAGGCCCAGCCAGGAACAGAUGAGACUGCUGUACGAGGCCCUACACUCAGGAGGCUCUAAGGUGAAAGCAGCCUUUUAUGAGAUUCUACGGGAAAAACAACACUAUCUAGUCAAUCUGGCAACAAAUCUUCAUGAUGUUCCACUCCCCGAACCCAGGAUCAGAGAAGAGUUCUUGAAAUAUUCCUUACCGCUCACAUUGGAUCCUAACUCAGCUCAAGAGUGCCUGUGUCUGUCUGAGGGAAACAGGAAGGUGACAAAUAACGGAAAGGCCCAGCCCUACCUUCACCAUUCAGACAGAUUUACCUACUUCGUCCAGGUGCUGUGUAGAGAGGGUCUGUCUAGAGCCAGCUACUGGGAGGUAGAGUGGAGUGGGGAUUCUGUUAAUGUAGCCGUCUCAUAUAAAGGAAUCAUCAGGAAAGGAGAUCAACGGAAUGGCGUCGCUGCAUUUGGACGGAAUGAUCAGUCGCUGAGUUUAUACUGCUCAACCUCUAGCUGUACUUUCAUGCACAAUUGCUCUACAACUGUUAUCACUGUCCCCUGCUCCUCCAGAGUUGGCGUGUACCUGGACCACAUGGCAGGAACUCUGUCCUUCUACAACGUUUCUGACACAAUGACUCUCCUCCACAGAGUCCAGACCACAUUCACUGAACCUCUUUAUCCUGGGUUUACAGUUGGUCAGGGAUCAUCUGUGAAGAUACUGACAAAAUGAUAGAAGUAAAGGCGCUUUCAUAUUAAACUCGGUAUGGAUUUAAUCCAUUACAUUGUUAUUUCUCUUUUUUUUAUCAUCUUGAGAAGUUCUGAAAAAUAUGCUUAAUGUCUCUGCUGAUGGAGUGCUGUUGUUUUCCCCAGCUCUGACAUAACAGAUUGUUUAUGUCCUGACUGCAAAUCUGAUGAACCAGGGUUUGUUGUAUAAACACAUGCAUGCUGGCCUCUAUGUGGGUUGAGGAAAAUAGUAAGCCAUGAGAAACUCAAACAAGGCCUAGUUCCAGUUUGGCAGUUAGCUCCUACCCCUUCAGUGUGCACAAGUUUGACAGGACUGGAAGGAUGUAAGCAAUAUGGAGGAUGCUUCACUUGGCCUAUUAGAAAAGCACAUGGAGUCAUCACCUAUCCCAUUCUUUUAGAUCUGCAAAACCAAAAUGUUAGGGAAAGGGGACCACAAUGGAAUCAGGCUUAUACAUACAGUAGGUUACAGGAUUCUGUCAACACAAAAUCAAAUACAAUUUUAUUUGUCACAUCUGCCGAAUACAAUGUGUAGACCUUACUGUGAAAUUCUUACUUACAAGCCCUCAACCAAAAAUGCAGUCGGCGGAUCCUCACAAGGAUCUCGACCUGACUCAUUAAAGAGAGAUUCUUUGUCCAGUUCAAGGUGAGUAAUCGCUGUUCUGAUUUCUAGAAGCUCUUUUCGGUCAUAAUAGACGGUAGCAGCAACAUUAUGUACGUGAAAAAACAAGGUUGGUUAAGAGCCCAUAAAACGGCAGCCAUCUUCUCCGGCGCCAUCUUUUCACAUACAAACACAUAUUCAGUAUGACAUCAGAAAUGAACUGUUCAUUUAUUCUGUUUUUUUUGUUUACACUCUGAUUAACUUUAUUGCUCCUUUAAAAUACUUCUCAUGACAAAGCUAGUUCUGUAAAUACCCACUUGGCAAAAACUAGUUGCAUCAAUGUUGAUUCCACUGCAUUUCAACAACAGUAAAUAUA